GAUCACAACGAUUAGAACCUGCAACCGAUGUAGCCCCUUGCCAAGUUCCUAUGUUAUUGUUUUGUCCGGGUCUCAUGUGGCCAAACCUCGUGUGCUACCUACAGGCCUUUGUUACAAAUGCCGGUGAAUAACUGUACAGUAUCAACAACUCCGCCUGGUGCCCUACACACCAGCGACAGGAGCGAUGGCAUCGAAAUAGUCAUGCAGGCUGCAGAUAAUUUACAGCCUGACUCCGUGAAGUUUCCGAGUCAGCAAAGCUUGAGGUCAGAUGUUGAAUUAUCCCAGCUUAGGUGGCGUCAUCAUGAUAAAGGAAAACAUUUUGCACCGCAAACAGAAUGAUAUUAUUCUACCGCUCCUGAAAGCGAUGGAGGACCAAACGAAAGAAGCACGGGAUGAGGAGGAAGAUGCUCACUUACCUGUGAGGUCAAGGCUACUACGUGGGCUAGGUUAAUUGCCAACUUCAGUCCCUGCGGACAACUGUGUUGGUUUUUAUUAUCAUAAUCUGUGAGAGGCACAUAUGCGGUUGCAAUAUGUGUCGUCUCAUACAACACCCAGAUUGCAUAGGCUAGCUUAAUUGCCAACUCUAGUCUCUGUGUACUGCAGUGCUAGUUCUUCUCUAUUACCUGUGAGAGGCACAUAUGCGGUU